CUGUCUCCAGCCUGGCCACUUUCUCUGCUUCACUUUCAGGAUUUUUCUACAUUCAGACAAAAUGGUGAAAACGAUGAACUAUGAAGUCACCCUGUUCACUGGACAUUUGGCCUUUGCCUCCACAUUCAACGCUGUCUACAUUAAGCUGGUUGGCACAAAAGGAAAGAGCAAACGCACACAUCUCCUGAGCUUGGAACCAUCCUUCUUCAAAGGAGGCGUGUCACGCUUUAAUGUGUCCUGCCCAACCUCCCUUGGAAAGCUGGUGCUGAUAGAGUUAGACAAACAGAUUUAUUUUUUCAAGGACUCCUGGUAUCCUGCUAAAGCGGAAGUGAAAUCCCCUGAAGAAGAAACCUACCACUUUCCCAUCUACCAGUGGAUCACUGACAGUGAGGUGCACUACUUCAGAGAGGGAAGAGCUCUCCUAAUCUUUGAAGAUGACAGCAAUCUUCUUGGUGGAUACAGUCGGCAGCAGGAGCUUAAGCAGCGACAGAAAAUCUUUCAAUGGGAUGUGUAUGAGAAGGGGGUACCCCACUGCAUUAAGGCAGACAGCCUUGAUUCUCUACCCUACGAUGUCCACUUCUCUGUGACCAAGACCGCAGAGAUGAGAUACACUGCAGUCACAGGACUGCUAGAGUUGGAACUGAUUGAACUGGCUGAGUGUAAGAGCAGCUGGACUCGCAUCAGUGACAUCAGUCACCUUUUAUCUGCUCAUCGGACUCAAGUAUUAGACUUUGUUCAGAAACACUGGAAGGAAGACUCUUUUUUUGGCUACCAGUUUCUAAAUGGUGUCAACCCCACGUUGAUCCGAUGUUGUAGAGCACUGCCUGAGAACUUUCCUGUCACUGGUGACAUGCUGUCUCUCUAUGGUCAGCAUAGUUUGGCAGAUGAAAUGAAGAAUGGCAACAUCUUCCUGUGUGACUACAAGCUUUUGGAUGGAGUGCAAUCAAACACCAUCAAAGGAAAGAAGCAGUACUUGAUGGCUCCUCUCAUUCUGCUCCAGAAGACCCCUGAUGGUAGGCUAAUGCCAAUUGCUAUUCAGCUAAAGCAGAAACCAGCAAAGGACAACCCAAUCUUUGUUCCUACUGACUCUGAGACCGACUGGCUGAUGGCAAAGAUCUUUGUGAGAAGUGCAGAUUUCAACUUCUUUGAAGUCAAUGCUCACCUGCUGCGCACUCACCUGCUGGCUGAGGUUUUUACAGUGUCAGUGUUGCGCAACUUGCCCAUGGUGCAUCCUCUGUACAAGCUUCUCAUACCUCACACUCGUUACACUCUGAACAUCAACUUCUUGGCUCGGCAACUUCUGAUAUCCAAGACUGGAGUUUUGACUCGGUUUGCAGCUUCCGGUGGAAAAGGUGUAGUCACAAUCCUGCAGAAAGCGCUGUCCUCACUGACCUACAGCUCCCUCUGUAUCCCAGAUGAUAUCGCUGAGCGUGGGCUGAAUGAUGUACCAAACUUCUACUACAGGGAUGAUGGACUGAAGCUCUGGGAGAUCAUCCACAGGUUUGUGAAGGAAAUUCUCAGCUAUUACUACAAGACUGAUGAUGACGUCCAGAAAGACUGUGAACUGCAGAAGUGGAUUCAGGACAUCUAUGAACAUGGAUUCCUUUCACAAGCAAGCACAGGAAUUCCACAGAAAUUCACCACUGUGGCUGAAAUGGUCAAGUUUGUUACCAUGGUGAUCUUCACCUGCUCUGCCCAGCACUCAGCUGUCAACUCUGGACAGUACGACUUUGGUGCAUGGAUGCCCAAUAGUCCUGUCACCCUGCAGCUUCCCCCGCCAACCAAAAAAGGGAAAACAAGUGAGAAACAGAUGCUGGACACAUUCCCCAGCAUCAAUACAACAGUUCAUGGCAUGGCCGUCAUGUGGCUGCUCAGCAAGCAGUCCUCUGACUCUGUCUUUCUUGGCCAGUACCCACAGGAGCAUUUCACUGAGGAGUUUCCCCUCCAGAAGAUCAAGUAUUUUCAAGAAGAGCUCAAAAACCUGAGUGCAGAGAUCAAAGCCAGAAAUGAGAGUUUGGACCUGCCGUACACAUAUUUGGAUCCUGAGAUGGUUGAAAACAGUGUUUCCAUUUAAAUAUUGGAAGCUUUUGUUUACCAGCAGGAUCUAAUAUAUGUGGUCUUGAUAAAUUUGUAAAUUGGAGCAGUUUCAGUCACGUUGUCACAGCUUUGAGACAGUGAUACAACCAUACACAACAGGAAGUUCCUCCAUUAUCAUACACUUUCCUCUUCAGCUGAAUGUAAAUCCAUUUAUGGCAUCAUUAUUGUUGUGUGCCUGAGCAUGCAGGUGUGCUACAUCUGAACUGUAGGUGCGCUUCCCUUUUCUGUGAAGCACAAGAACAACAAUAUGUACUUAAUAGGCAACCUCUUAAUGCUGGAUAUUUUUGAUCAUACUAGUCAGAAGCAGGCUUCAUAUUAUGCCUCUUAAUACUGUGCAGGAUUAUACUGUAGCAUGGUUAAACAUGUGAUUAACAAAGAAUUAAUACUCAUGUAAAUUUACUGUAAAAGCUGCAUGUAAGCCUGUGACUUGUCCAAAAUGCCCCCUGCCCUAUGACCUGGAAUAGGCCCCAGGCCCCUGUGACACAGAACUUAUGGAGAGGGAGAGAAAAAAUAUGAAAUGAUGGUAAAUUUUUGCUAAAGUUCACAUUAGGAGAAAUGCAUAAAGGAUCUUUUGGGGAGUGAAAUCUCAGCAGAGGGUUGCUGAGCUGAUCAAUAAUCUAGUUUACUGUCUGCAUCUUUAAGGUGGAUUCACUUCAAUUGUGUGUUCAUGCAAUAUUAUCAGAAAUAUGGAAACAGACAAAAUGAUUCUUUCUGUUUAAAGCAGUUCUCAGAGGUCAGUGAUUCCUUUGGACUUUAGUCAUGUCACUGUAUUUACUGUGAAUAUCACUUGUUGGUCUGAGUGUUUUUAUGAGUUCAAAGUAUAAAUUAAUAAUAAAUUAGAGAGCUUUAUCAAAGCUGUAGCUACUUUAUCCAUCCACUGGGUGGAGACAUGACUCUUCAUUAGGAAGAGCUGAAGAGCAACUGGGAAAAAUGGCUGUGAAUGACUUCAGUGACAGAGAGUGUUUCAGAAACUGUUUUGGUUCAGACCGUAUCUUAGAAUAA